AUGGUUGAUUUGCGUGAAACUGCCGCUUUUACUCUGGGUGAACAGGGUCAGGCAGAGUCAAAAGCAAACGAGAGGGAUCCUGGCAGGCAGGGAUCCUGUGGACAGAAUGCCCCGCCCACCAAUCACGGCCCGCCCUCCCAGUCCCCGCCCACCAAUCACGGCCCCGCCUUCCCACCAGGCCCCGCCCAUUCGGGGCCCCGCCCACGUCUCGGGCCCCCGCCCAACCAGGAUACGCCCUCCAAUCACGGCCCCGCCCACACAAGCCACGCCCGCUUUCUCACGGCCCCGCCCUCCAGGGCCACGCCCACCCACGAUUUAGGCCACGCCCACUCCACACGGCCACGCCCUCCCGGACCACGCCCACCAAUCACGCCCCCGCCCGUGCAGGCCCCGCCCACUCCUCACGGCCACGACUUAUCAUGCCAGGCCCAUAUAGCCCCACCCACUACUCACGGCCACGCCCUCCCUGGCCCCGCCCGCCGAUCACGACCCGCCCUCCCAGCCCCCGCCCACCAAUCACGGCCCCGCCUUCCCACCAGACCCCGCCCAUUCGGGGCCCCGCCCACGUCUCGGGACCCCGACCAACCAGGACAUGCCCUCCAAUCAAGACCCCGCCCACACAGGUCACGCCCACGUCUCGCAACCGCGCCCUCCCGGGCCACGCCCACCCACGAUUUAGGCCACGCCCCCCGGGCGACGCCCACCGAUCACGGCCCCUCCGCCCGCGCAGGCCCCGCCCACACUUCACGGCCACGACUUAUCAUGCCAGGCCCAUAUAGCCCCACCCACUACUCACGGCCACGCCCUCCCGGGCCCCGCCCGCCGAUCACGACCCGCCUACCAGCCCCCGCCCACCAAUCACAGCCCGCCCACACAGGCCCCACCCACCAAUCACGGCCCCGCCUUUCCACCAGGCCCCGCCCAUUCGGGGGCCCGCCCACGUCUCGGGUCCCCGCCCAACCAGGACAUGCCCUCCAUUCCGGGCCCGCCCACACAGGCCACGCCCACUUCUCACGACCGCGCCCUCCGGGCCACGCCCACCCACGACUGAUCAGGCCACGCCCACUCCACACGGCCACGCCCUCCCGGACCACGCCCACCAAUCACGCCCCAGCCCACAUAGCCCCACCCACUACUCACGGCCACGCCCUCCCGGGCCACGCCCUCGAUCACGGCCCGCCCACCAGUCCCCGCCCACCAAUCACGGCCCCGGCUUCCCACCAGGCCCCGCCCAUUCGGGGCCCCGCCCACGUCUCAGGCCCCCGCCCAACCAGGACACGCCCUACAAUCACGACCCCGCCCACACAGGUCAUGUCCUCUUCUCACGGCCACGCCCUCCCGGACCGCGCCCACCAAUCACGCCCCCCCGCCCCCCGCAGGCCCCGCCCACCAAUCACGGCCCCGCCCUCCCAGGCUCCGCCCACCCUCAAGGCCACGAUUUAUCACGCCACGCCCACACAGCCCCACCCACUCAUCGCGGCCACGCCCUCCAGAACCACGCCCACCAAUCACGGCCCGCCCGCGCAGGAGGAGCGCGGCCGCGGAACAGCGCCCCCUCCAGGGAGCGGCGGGACGGACAGCCAGGAGGAGCGCGGCCCCGCCCCCGCUCCCCUCUCCCGCUCCCAAUCCCGAUGA